AUGACACAUUUAAGCACUGCGUGUAUUCAUGCUGAUGAUAUUCACAAUAGAGUGACUGAUGUUGCCCCUCCAAUCAAUGUCAGCACUACUUUUCGAUAUGAUAAUGAAAAUUUAGUUCCCGAAGUUGAGAUUGAGAACUUCAUUGAAACUAUUGAGCAGACGCCAGUUUAUUCUAGGGAGUCACAUCCCAAUAGUUUAAGACUGCAAACUGUUCUUUCUGACAUCCUGGGUGGUCAUGCCACUGUGUAUAAUUCCGGUGUAUCCGCGUUUCAUGCUCUUAUCUUCCACUAUAAUCCAAAGCGAUUCUUCAUGGAUGAUGGUUACAGUGGUGUACGUGGUAUUGCUACUUUAUACCAAGAAAAACAUGGUUUAGAGACGUACAAGUUACACCAGAUCGAAGAAUUCGCUGAAAAAGGCGAUUUAAUUCAUUUAGAAGUGCCACUUAAUCCUUACGGCACUUGCCGCGAUAUAGCUGCGCUUGCCAAACGAGUUCACAAGAAAGGUGCCAUAUUAUCAAUUGACUCCACUUUAGCUCCUCCUCCUUUACAGGACGCUUGGGACUUUGGCGCUGAUGUUGUGAUGCAUUCGGCCACAAAGUACCUUGGAGGACAUUCUGAUUUAUUGGCAGGUGUUGUGGUUGUGAAAACUAUGGAGCAGCAAAGAAAACUCAUUAGGGAGAGGAUUUUUCUAGGAACAAAUGUGGGCAAUCUCGAAAGUUUCCUUCUUUUAAGGUCCCUGAGAACAUUUGAGAUGAGAGUCUUGAAGCAAUCAGAGAACGCAGCAAAGAUUGUGAGUUUUCUACAUGAGAACAAGGCCAAAUAUUCGAAAGUUCUUAAUGAAGUGUAUCAUUCUUCUUUGCAAAAAGAGGCCUUUGUACAGCGGCAAUUAGCUGGUGGCCAUGGUGCUGUCUUUUCAGUAACUUUAAGAAGUGUGGAACAAUGUAAGAAACUUCCCGCGAAACUUGUUUAUUUUCAGCAUGCGACAUCGCUAGGUGGAGUUGAGUCCCUGAUUGAAUGGAGAGCUUUGAGUGAUACCAAGAUUGAUCCAUUCUUAGUUAGGCUGUCGAUAGGUUGCGAAAAUGCUGAUGAUUUGAUCCAAGACCUUGAUAAUGCAUUGCAAGUCUUGCAAGGUGCUGCCAAGGAUUAA